CCUCAUGUGCCAGUUUGAAACAGGCUGUCAUCUCUUUUCUGGCUUAGCAGUGCUUAGAUUUGCUCUCUGCUCAUGUAGACGUGAAACGCAGCUUUACCGGGUAUCAACAUGUGGGAUGGUGCCUUGAAAACAGUGGGUUGAUGGGCCCAGGCUGAAGGAGUGUGGAAGGUUUUUGAUAGAGUGUUAGGAUGGCCACUGACGCUUCUACCCUCCCAAGUCCUGUGGUGCGUCAGAUCGACAAACAGUUCCUGAUUUGCAGUAUAUGUCUGGAUCGCUACAACAAUCCCAAGGUCCUUCCCUGUCUUCACACCUUCUGUGAAAGGUGUCUGCAGAACUACAUUCCUGCCCACAGUCUGACUCUGUCUUGCCCUGUGUGCCGUCAGACCUCCAUCCUGCCGGAGAAAGGUGUGGCGGCACUUCAGAGUAACUUCUUCAUCACCAACCUAAUGGAGGUACUAAAGAAGAGCCCAAACUCAAACCUGAGUGAGGACUACACUGAUGCGAUCAACGGAGUGGCCACAGGACAGCCCCUGUCCUGUCCCAAUCAUGGAGGAAAUGUCAUGGAGUUCUACUGUCCGCCGUGUGAGACAGCCAUGUGUGAAGAGUGCACUAGUGGUGAACAUGCAGAACAUGCCACCGUCCCACUGAAGGAUGUUCUAGAACAGCACAAAGCCUCGCUACAGGAGCAGCUGGAUGUCGUCAAGAACAGACUGCCGGAAAUUGAAUCUGCAUUGGAGGUUCUGUCUGAGAUUCUGCAGCAGCUGAGCAGUCAGAAGAGUUCAAUAGAAGAAAUGAUUCAUGCUACUUUUGAGGAACUUCAGAAGACUCUGAAUGUGCGCAAGAGUGUCCUGCUGAUGGAGCUAGAGGUCAACUAUGGACUCAAGCAAAAGGUGUUGCAAGCUCAGCUGGAGUCGCUGCUGCAGGGGCAGGAUGGCAUACGCAGCAGCUGCAGCUUCACCGAACAGGCUCUAAAUCACGGCUCUGAAGCUGAAGUCCUAUUGGUCAAAAAGCAGAUGAGUGAGCGUCUGGAUGAGCUGGCCAAUCAGGAGCUCCCGCUGCGGCCAGAGGAGAACAAUCAACUGGACUUCCUGGUGGAGACCGACGGUCUUCGCAAAUCCAUCCACAACCUAGGUGCCAUUGUAACUACCAACGCUGUUGCAGCAGAAACUGUUGCCACCGGUGAAGGCCUGAGGCACUGCAUUGUGGGACAGCUGACGUCUGUCACAAUAACAACUAAAGACAGAGAUGGCGGGUUGUGUCGGACUGGAAAUGCUCUGCUCAUAGCUGAUCUUUCUGCUUCUGAUGGCAGCAUUGUCGGAGAAGGCAAAGUCACGGAUCAUAAAAACGGCACUUAUGAGUUUGUAUACAGUGUGCCAUGUGAGGGCCGCUUCACGCUCACGCUCAAGCUCUAUGAUCAGCACAUCAGGGGCAGCCCGUUCAGCAUACGAGCCAACAAACCCACAGACAUCUCUCUUACUGCAGAUGUGGACAAGAAACGGCUCAAAUCUCCAGGAAACAGCCAUGUGAAGCAACGGGCCAUCAAACGGCCUGCCAGCAUGUACAGCACCGGCAAACGGAAAGAAAACCCAAUUGAAGAUGACCUCAUAUUCCGAAUCGGAACAAAAGGCAGAAAUAAGGGUGAAUUCACCAAUCUCCAGGGAGUUGCUGCUUCUUCUGUUGGCAGAGUCUUAAUAGCGGAUAGUAACAAUCAGUGUGUUCAGAUAUUUUCAAAUGAUGGCCAGUUUAAGAGUCGUUUCGGAGUCAGAGGCCGAUCACCUGGACAGCUCCAACGACCUACUGGUGUUGCUGUGCACCCCAGUGGUGACAUCAUCAUUGCUGACUAUGAUAACAAAUGGGUCAGCAUUUUUUCCAGUGAUGGCAAGUUUAAGAGCAAAAUUGGCACAGGGAAGCUCAUGGGUCCCAAGGGUGUAUCGGUUGACAGAAACGGCCACAUCAUUGUGGUAGACAAUAAAUCUUGCUGUGUCUUCAUUUUCCAGCCUAAUGGAAAACUAGUCUCCAAGUUUGGCAACCGAGGCAACAGUGACAAGCAAUUUGCAGGUCCUCACUUUGCAGCGGUGAAUCAGAAUAAUGAAGUCAUUGUGACCGAUUUUCAUAAUCAUUCUGUAAAGGUGUUCAGUCCAGAGGGUGAGUUCAUACUGAAGUUUGGCUCAAACGGUGAAGGAAACGGGCAGUUUAAUGCACCAACGGGUGUGGCAGUAGAUGCCAACGGUAACAUAAUAGUGGCUGACUGGGGCAACAGCAGGAUCCAGGUGUUUGACAGCAGUGGCUCAUUUCUGUCCUACAUCAACACGUCCGCAGACCCUCUUUAUGGUCCACAAGGUCUGGCUCUCACCUCAGAUGGCCAUGUUGUGGUGGCAGACUCUGGAAACCACUGUUUUAAAGUAUACCGUUAUCUACAAUAGCACUCUCAUCUUUACAAAUAAACACUUGCACUUAUUCCUUAAAGCUGCCGCCCUUGUGCCAAACCUGGACCCUCGUAUUGCAUUCAAGUCAUGCUGUUGUGGCCUCGUUUGUGACACCCUCACCUUGAAGAGAAGGAAAUGAGCUUCUUCGUCAUAAGUUGUGUGACCGAAUGAGUUUCUUCGUCAUAAGACUAAAACACAAUGGUUUUGUCAUUUAAAGCAGUGUUUCUGAACCAUGUUCGUGGAGGACCACCAACACUGCAUGUUUUGGAUGUCUCCUUUGUCUGUCACACCCAUUACAGGUCUUUCAGACUCUGCUAAUGAGCUUAUAAUCUGAAUCAGGUGUGUUUGGUUAAGAAGACAUGGAAAUGUGUAGAGCUGGUGGUCCUCCUGGAACGUGGUUGAGAAACACUGGUUUAAAGGAACAGUUUACCAAAAAAAUUAAUUCUGUUAUUUACCCUCAGGUUGUUCAAAUACAAUGUUCUGUAUAAAACAUGCUUUAUCCUGAGCACUCUUGUCUAAAUAAUUAAAGUGAAUUAUGACCAUGAA